UGGUUCUUUGCAUUUUAGUUUACAGUUGCAGUUUUUCUAUAUUUUUAUAUGAUUCUAAUAUUCAAAUGUUAAAAAUCAUAUAAGAAUAGAAUAGUUUAUAUUACUUAUAUCAUUUUGGACAUAUUCAUGCUGUGUCUGUUACUUUAUUGACUGAAACAAUGGCUAUGUUUCGAUCGUCUCCUAGAGACGUCGUAUAUCGUCCUCCUAUUAAAAGAAAUUGUGAUACAAACCCUGAGACUUACUUUUGUAAUAUCUGUUUUGAUGGCUGGGACAGCGAGACUGAGGUGGAAAUACAUCGUUCUGUAGCCCACAGGAGGGAAAUUAUGAAACUAAUGAAAAAUUCCAGAGCCACAUACUGUUGUAGGUUAUGUGUCAAACCGCAUUUAACUUACGAAGGAUUAUUAAAGCAUAUCAAAGUUCGUCAUCUUCUUAGUGAUGAGAACGCAACAAGAGUUGAAAGAGAAAUAUUUAUUUGCAACACAUGUUCUGCGCUAUUCUUCAACAAAUUGUUAAUGCAAGUCCAUAUAAUAACAUUUCAUAUGGGUGUUGACAAAGACGCGACAUUUGCAGCAUGUCCAAAGUGUUACAAGAUGCAAAGAAUUAAGUCUAUGUGGUUCCACUUUCAAGGUCAUCAUAUACAGAGUGUAUCGUGUUGCAAAAUAUGUUUGGAAAAAUUCAACAAUCGUGUCGACCUGAACAUACAUAUGAAGGAGCAUAAGAAAUAUUUAUUCUGUGAAAUUUGUCAAUACGAGAGUAAAAAUGAAUUAUACUUCAAAGAACAUUUAAAUACAAGACAUAAGUUAAAAUCGAUUGAUUUGAAAGAAGAUAAGAGAUGUUGGAAGGAUUAUUUCGUUCCACGAUCUUUUGGAGAUUAUAAAACAAGUGUCAUAUUAGAUUUACCAAUGAAAGGUGUUUCUUUAGCGUAUUUACAAGAACAUAAUAUAAGAAUAUGCAUACUAUGUAGAGAGAUAUGUAUUGGUGAGCAAGAAAUGGCAGAUCAUAUGCAAAAUCAUUAUGUGGAGAAAGCAAAUAAACAAUAUGAACAUAUAUGUACUUGCGGGGAAACAUUUUCAACAGUCAUUUUAUUAAAACAUCACAUGUUUAAGAACCAAGGACAUUGUAAAAUGGAGUUGGAUGAAGAUGAGAAUACGCUUGUAAUAACGUUUGACGAAAAUUCAUCUUGAAAAUAAACUGGUUAUAUUGACGUAGAAGACAUCGAGAAGGCACAGUCAUAACGGAUGUUAUAUUGGAAUUGCAGAUGAUUUUGGCGGUUUCAGGUGGCCGCUUGCUCGUUUGCCACCUUAUGAUGUAAAAAAAAUAUUCAGAUAUUCCACUGAUGUCAACAAAUAGAUAGGUGUAAUGAAAGACGUGUUUCUAAAAUGAAACAAAAAAUUUAUUUGAUCUAUGUUGUGGCUCAACAAUUUUUCAACACAAUUUAACCCUUAAGUGCAUAUUGUUGAUAAAAGUCUUCAAACAAAUGUAUAGUAUUUAUUUAAACCGAGGUUUUUUAACUUAUUUUUCCCUAAAUCUGAUAAAACCUAUACUGAAUACUUAUUUCAUUAAAAUAAAAAAUGCAUUUAAGGGUUAAUGCGAUACUAGCUUUCGCUCGAGACUCUUUUGGAAUUA